GCCAAAUCCCCCUCAUUUUAUAUCCACUUGCCUCUCUUAUUGUUUUUCCCUAUCCUUUUGACGUUUUAGUUAAUAUGGCAACGGCAGUACUGAAUGUUACUUUGGUUCUUGCUCUUUUCUCAUGUUACUUUGCUCUUCUUGCUUCGGCACAGGCACAGCUUACUUAUCCACCAGAAGUUGACGCACUGCAAGCUAUUCGGCGUAAGCUUAAAGAUCCGAGAAAAAAUCUAAGGAACUGGAGAAAAGGAGAUCCUUGCGUUUCGAACUGGACCGGAGUAAUCUGCACCAUGCCUCAACCUGAUGGCUUUUUGCAUAUUCAAGAACUGCGGAUGCUAAACUUGAAUCUUACUGGAAAGCUUGCUCCUGAACUUGGCCAGCUAUCUAAUUUGACUGUACUGAAUUUUAUGUGGAAUCACAAUAUUACAGGAAGUAUACCUAAGGAGAUAGGCAAUAUAAAAUCAUUGAAGUUCCUGCUUUUAAGUGGGAAUCAGCUUUCAGGACCUUUGUCCGACGAGCUCGGUUUUCUUCCUAACUUGUUGAUGUUUCAGGUGGAUUUGAAUCAGAUAACAGGUUCACUGCCCAAAUCUUUUGUCAACCUCAUCAGCUGCAGGCACUUUCACAUGAACAACAACUCAAUCAGUGGGCAGAUUCCGUCAGAGCUCAGCAGCAUGCCUGCACUUAUACAUUUUCUGCUGGACAACAAUAACUUAACGGGGAAUCUACCACCAGAGUUUUCACAGAUGCCUAAAUUGAGAAUACUUCAACUUGAUAAUAACAAUUUUGGUGGAACAGAGAUUCCGGCUUCUUAUGGCAACAUGUCCAACCUAGUGAAAUUGAGUCUUAGGAAUUGCAGCUUGCAAGGAGCCAUUCCUGAUUUCAGCAGUAUUAAAACAUUUCGCUAUCUUGAUCUGAGCCGUAACCAACUUACUGGAGGGAUACCAACAAAUAAGCUUUCUGAUAACGUUACUACAAUUGAUCUAUCCUAUAAUUUGCUCAACGGAUCUAUUCCUUCAAACUUUUCAGGCCUUCCUCGUCUUCAGAGAUUGUCACUCGAAAACAAUUUGUUAACAGGAGAUGUUCCCUCCGAUUUUUGGCAAAAUGAGAACCUUACUGCUACGGCAAGACUUAUCAUAGACUUCCGGAACAAUUCGCUUUUGAAUAUUUCUGGCAGUAUAGAUCCUCCUUCAAAUGUUACAAUCAGGCUUGAAGGCAACCCUGUUUGCGCCUCAGCAAAUCAACUAAACAUAGCUCGGUUCUGCGGGAUUACAAUCGGAGAUGAUGAUUUUGUGCCAGGAACUGGAGAUGAAACAGGAAGCUCAAGUAACUCUAGUGACAGCUGCAAACCUCAAUCUUGCCCUACGGAUGAUAAUUUUGAAUUUGUCCCAGAUUCUCCUGUUGAUUGCUUCUGUGCUGCACCUUUUGAAGUCGGGUUACGUUUACGAAGUCCUACCAUAUCGGAUUUUCGCCCCUAUAUUGUCCCGUACAAAGAGUUCAUUACAUUCAACCUGGGAUUGGAUCUUUAUCAACUAUAUGUUAAAUCAUUUAUAUGGCAAGAGGGUCCUAGGCUUCGCCUGUUUUUAAAAUUUUUCCCUCAGUAUAUCAAUAACACUAAUAAAUUCAAUAACAGUGAGAUACAACGGAUCAGGGACAUAAUUGCUACAUUUGCGAUCCCUUCCAAUGACACCUUUGGUCCAUAUGAGCUGAUCGAUUUUACGCUCCUCGGACCUUAUUCAAACAUUGAUCUCCAGCCCGUGGAAUCAGGAGGAAUAAGCAAAGGCGCCCUAACUGGAAUCAUACUAGGGACUAUAUCGUUCGUAGUUGCAAUAUCUUUGGCAAUUACGGUUUUCGUCUACAAAAGGCAAACCAAAUCUGGGCAUGAAGUGACGAAGAAACAGUCAUCUGGAAAAGUUCCCAUCAGAACUGAAAGUGUUAAGGAAUUCAGCUUUGUAGAACUUGAAGCAGCUACAGAUGGAUUCAAAGAUAACGUACGAAUUGGUCAAGGAGGCUACGGAAAGGUUUACAAAGGCAUUUUGGCUAAUGGAACAGUGGUUGCAGUUAAGCGUGCGCAACAAGGAUCUUUGCAGGGUCAGACAGAGUUCAUAACUGAAAUACAACUGCUGUCACGAUUACAUCAUCGGAACCUGGUUUCAUUGAUCGGAUACUGUAGCGAACAAGAUGAGCAGAUGUUAGUAUAUGAGUUUAUGCCCAAUGGUUCUCUCCAUGAUCUUCUCUCAGAUAGAUACAGACAUACGUUGAGUUUCCCCAUGCGAAUGCGUAUUGCGUUGGGUUCGGCCAAAGGCAUCCUCUACCUUCAUAACGAAGCAUACCCACCAAUAAUCCAUCGGGACAUCAAGGCAAACAACAUAUUGUUGGACUUCAAGUUUGCUCCUAAAGUUUCUGAUUUCGGAAUCUCAAGGCUUGCUCCACUACCAGAUGCCGAAGGAACUUCAGCUCACGUGUCCACGCUUGUCAAAGGAACACCGGGUUACCUGGAUCCAGAAUAUUUCUUGACUCACAAGUUAACCGAUAAAAGUGAUGUCUAUAGCCUUGGAAUAGUGUUUCUGGAACUUUUGACAGGGAUGCUGCCUAUCUCUCAUGGCAGAAACAUUGUCCGGGAGGUUUUUGGGGCAUGUCAAUCUGGGUUGAUGUUUUCCAUCAUAGACCAGAGCAUGGGUGCUUACUCUUCUGAAAUCAUCAAGAAAUUUAUGGCACUGGCCCUCAAGUGUUGCCUGGAUGAUCCCAAGGAACGACCGACCAUGUUGGAAGUUGUAAGAGAGUUGGAGAACUUAUGUUCACAGCUGCCGGAGACAGAGAUGAGUGCACCUGGAACAGGAACAGGAACAGGAUCAGAAUCAGAUGCAUCCAAUGCAUCCCCUUCGUUGCCUCUCUACUCUGGAAGGAAUUCUCAACCUACCAAUGAAAUCUAUGGAAGUGAACUAGUGAGCGGAGUUAUCCCCACCAUCAGGCCUCGCUAGUAGUGGAUUUAAUAAUGCAAUCAACUCUGUUUUUAUCACUUCAUCUUGCUGAAUAUUAUUUGUUAAAAUACUAGGAACAGUAAUGGGGCCUUUAGUUACUUGUAUCUGUAAUAAGUUUCCAGUGUUUAUGGCUUUUAUUUGAUUUUAUUUUUCACGUCAUUUAAUAAUGAAGAAAGUAAUUUAGAUA